CACAGACAGGGGUAAUAUAUUUCUUACUGAAAACCGGAUUGUUUAAUCGAUUAUAGUUGUUUUGUAUUUUAUCAUUAUAGACUAAUGCAAACUAGAUCCCGUUCUACAUAUUCCGGAACGGUAGAUAGCGGUAUGCACCUAAAUCUGCCAAUAAAACACGAAGAACAAGAAGAAGACGAACAAGCAGAAGAAGAAACAGAAGAAGACGAAGCAGAAACCGCUGCUGCCGCUCCGUACUCGCUCUGAUUUCCGACAUAUAUUUGGGGGAUUACGUCGCCGUAGUUUUAAUAUUUGGCUGACCUGAUUAUUUAAUGUUUUUUUAUUUGCAAGGGCGGGACGGAUUUACUACUCGUCUGUGUCAGCAGUGCGAUCGUGAAACUGAACUUUGCUGCAAAACAGUCGCGCAGAGCUCAAGCUAAAGGAAGAGCACGUUGUGUAGCAGCUCUUAUUUAUCAGGGUCACAAGGCAGAAAAGUAGCGUUAGCUUUUUCGCGUUUUUACGCCUCUCGGAGAAGAGGGUUUUCUUAAAAAACAUAGGAUGCCUUGCCACAACCAACAGCUGAACAAUGUCAACAGUGGGCAAGAACACCCGAUGAAGCAAGUUCGGUUCGCAAACAGCACCACCGAUAGUGGUGUCCCUGCCUCGGCGUCGGACUCUGACGCAGGUGAUGUCAGCAUACAGCCUAUGAGCCAAGAUGCUUUGGGACCUCAGCUUAAACUGCUUCCCUUAAAUGACCAGAUUCGUGAAUUACAGACUAUUAUCAGAGACCGGACAACUAGCAGAGGAGAUUUUGUGUUUUGUGCUGACCGAUUGAUCAGGCUAGUGGUUGAGGAGGGAUUAAAUCAACUUCCCUACUCAGAGUGCACUGUAACUACUCCAACUGGGUACAAAUAUGAGGGUGUCAAGUUUGAGAGAGGCAAUUGUGGAGUCAGCAUAAUGCGAAGUGGUGAGGCUAUGGAGCAGGGGCUCAGAGACUGCUGCCGAUCCAUCCGCAUUGGCAAGAUCCUCAUCCAGAGUGAUGAGGAAACCCAGAAAGCUAAGGUCUACUAUGCCAAGUUCCCCCCAGACGUGUACAGGAGAAAAGUGCUGCUCAUGUACCCCAUCCUUAGUACAGGCAACACUGUGAUUGAGGCAGUGAGGGUGCUGAUAGAGCAUGGUGUCCAACCCAGGCACAUUAUCCUCCUCAGCCUCUUCUCCACCCCUCAUGGAGCUAAAUCUAUCAUCCAGGAGUUCCCAGAUAUCACCAUCCUAACCACAGAGGUGCAUCCAGUGGCCCCGACACAUUUUGGACAGAGGUACUUUGGCACAGACUAACUUGGGGACAACCUAAAAAACAUUUUGAUUGAUAGCCGCUCGGUCUAUCUAUUGGUGUUCUGUCACCUUUAUCUCCUGUUGUUCUCCUUGUUGUGCCAAAUCCUGCGGCCCUCCUCCAAAGGUUCCUGAACUGAUUUAUUACAUCAAUAUUUAUAUUUUGCUGUGUUUACAAACUUGGCUGUAGAAGCAAAAUACUGAACCACACAAAGACUUCAAACUGGCUAAUUUUAUUUUGCAUGUAACAUCCACUGAUGGAUCAAGAAUUUGUAUAUUUUGUUUGAAACGGAACAGCAAGUGAAGCAGUAUCAGUAUUUUGAUGGUCCAGAGGUGUUGCAAAAUUAGUCUCCAUAUACUUAUACGACCAUUUCAGAGGGAUCAUAUGUACGGUAUUAUGCUACUGUCUGCCAGCUUUUCAUUUGCAGUACACAUAAUGGCUGUGAGUUCUCUUCCUGUGUUAAAUAAAUGUCCAAAUAUUUGAGGAAUCCCAUUGCCUUUUUAAUAGUUUUUUUAAGUCACUUUAUCAAUGGAACACAAUAUACAGACAUUGCUUGGGGCAGAUACAAGGCAGUAAACACAAUACACACAAAAAAAAUAAUCUCCAAAGUACUCUAUAACAAUAAAUAGACAAUACACUCAAAAAAUCAGUCUUUCUUCAUUUCUCUACACAUGCUUUCAAACAGUCAUACAACACUACAGAAAAAAAAAAUCAAGAUUUUAAGGAUAUGGACUUAAUAUGCUUAUAUGAUAAUACAAAUGAUCUCUUGAUUUGGCUUGUCAAGCAUAAUGGGUCAAAAACCCCAAUUAAGUAAGUUAAAGUGUUUGUUAGUAAAACAAAUUCCUGUAAAAUAAAUUCCUGUCAGUUUUGAGAUGAACUUUCUCCUUGCACUGAAUAUGAGAAUUAGUGACUUAAAUAGCAGCCAACUGGUCAUCAACAAAGUAUUAACUGAGGACCCCGCCCAAGUGCUGUUACAAAAUUCAAUCUCAUUUCGGAGAAAUAGUUUCAUUGGUUUGAAAAUAUUUACAUAAACAUAGAAAAAAAUAUUGCAGUUGAACAUUGACAAUCCCUACCAAACGGUGGAUAUGGAUCCAUCACCAGUACCUUCUAAGUUCUUUGAGCUACUUAAUCUCAAUUUGUGGGGAGGGAAAAGGAAUGAUUAAAAUUCUUUUGAUAACUCACAUGUACAGUGACAGACCGUUACUAGCACGAUUUCAAGUUUCAGGUAAAUUGAUUUAGUGCAUAUUACAAAUGUGUUCUUUACUUGGCAUUGCACACCAUGCCCUGUACCAUAUUUACCAAACAUGCUUCAGUGCAAUAGUGUUCCACGCAAUGUUCAAAAAUUUUAAGCUGUGGAUUUAGACUGUAGGCUGCAAAUUAAUGCCAGUGUUUUUGUUUGAACUUUUCUUUUCUGCUUCUAGUUUGAUCACACAUUGGAAGUAGCAUUAAAACUUAAUUAAAAUCACUAGAGA